AUGCCCUCGCAGCGCCCUUCUGCCGCAUUUGAGCCUAUACCUCCAGAUCUCGAUCUCGCAGCUCUUGUAGAAGAGACCGAGAACUUUGAGUAUGUCACAAGAGUCUCAUGUGAUAUGAUUGAGUCCCAGAGUAUGGAGGCGUUCGAAAAGCUGGUCCUACUACAUGUGAUAAUGGGCGGGAAGCCACUCGUCGUUGAAGGUUUUCACCGUCGGCUUGACGAAUGGACCUUUACAAGCCAAUGGCUGAAGGAUAACUGCGGCUCAAAAUUUGAGAAUGCUCGAAACAUUACGAAGCAGCAAUUCAUGCCGCUCUCCAUUGCCCAUUACCUCAACAAUCUGUCGAAGCUAACGAACCAAUGGACUUCGUCGAACUAUAGAGAGGCCGAUAGACAACGCAUCUACUUGAAAGACAUCGAUUGCCCCCCUUGUGGCACGAGAAACUUGAACAAUACAUUCCAGCAGCGCUGUUCUACAUGA